GGUGCCCCAUCAUUAAUUGCCAACCAGAGAUGGCGGUGUCCAAGUUUCAGAUAUUUUCGCUCGCUCUGAUCGCCAUUCUCCUGGCCCCAGCCACCGUGGAUGCCGUGUGUGGCCGUUGCAAGAACUCUCAUGCCUGCAUCAGCGAGACCCAGUUCCAGUUGUGCUUCGAUGGUGUGCGCGACCAGAGCCAAAACUACACCUGCCCCAGCGAGAGGGCCAUUUGCACGGAUUACUAUGCCACCUGCAUGGCCAACAGCACGACGGUGCUGAAAGGCUGCGGCGAUGUGGCCGUAUGCGGUGUGUGUCCGGAUGUAAGCACCAAGUUUACCUGCACCUCCCGCAACACCUUUGCCGCCUGCAACAAUGGGGUAAUCACCGCGUACACCCAGACAUGCAAGGACAACUACGUGUGCAGUGCGACCUCAGCUGCCACGGGCACUCCCUGUGUAUCCCAUUGCAAGGGCAACACAGGCGACGUGUGCGAUCUGCCUGGGCAGAUUUCCGCCAAUGAAGAUCCUAUUCAGACCACCUUAGUGGACACGAGUCCGGUAACCACAGUGACCACUUCCGAUGACUCCUCUGUAACCACUGUGAAUACUCCCACAGCAACAACGCAGAUCACAACACUAGACCCUACCACAGACUCAAGCACAGUAACCCUUCCAACAGACUCCACUUCCACAUCCACUCCCACAGAGACUACUCCAACGACAGUAUCCCUUCCAACCGAACCCAGUACCAGUCCCAGUCCCGAUCCCACUCCCACCACAGUAAACCCACCUACAGAUACCACCCCAACCACAGUAACCCUUCCAACAGAUUCCACAGAGUCCACUCCAACCACAGUAAACCCACCUACAGAUACCACCCCAACCACAGUAACCCUUCCAACAGAUUCCACAGAGUCCACUCCAACCACAGUAAACACUCCCACAGAGACCACUCGAACGACUCCAACCACAGUAAACACUCCCACAGAAACCACACCAACCCCAACCACAGAGCCGCCUACUACUCCGACCACCGCACCAGCGGAAACCGUCUAUUGUCAGGGCAUCAGCACCGCUGGACGUUAUGCCAUACCCGGAGAUACGGUGUGCACGAGCUACAUCAAUUGCAUCUAUAGGGAGAACAGUUGGAAAGGCGUCAUCUAUAACUGUGUCGCUACCAAGCCGUACUUCAACGCAACCGCCUUUGGUUGUGGCACGACCAAGCCACCUGGCCCUGGAUGCACAGAUGUGUAGCAUUUUUUCAAUUUCUAAAUAUAAUCUCUCAUUUACAUAAAA